AUGACAGAAAUAAAGCCUAAAAAUAUUCAUACCAUACUUGGUGAAUUACAAAGUUUAAUAAUAGAUAUACAGGAACAAUAUGAAGUGUCUACUCGUCAAAAUACUCCAAUUCCUAAUGCAAUUCAUCCUCUUGGGCCUGUUAAUUUGGCUUCAGUGUCCAUCGAAUUUAAAGAAAAAAUUGAUUUAAUAAAGCACAUUAUUUCUAAAUUCCGAACUUCAUUAAUUUUUGAGGCUACUGCUCAACAUAAUAUUAUAGUUGGACUUGAACAAACAAUUAAAAGAUACACUGGUGAAUUACAGGAGGAAUCAAACCGUCUUAGUCCACUCACCGAAUUGCACAAAGAUAUUAAAAUAUGCAAGGAAUUGGCACUAGAUGCAUGUCAAGAUAUGGGGGCUGCAUUUAAGUUUGUUAUUCAAGAAACAGUUAAUCUUGCCAAGAAAUUUGGACUUCAAGUUUAUGAACUUGAUCGCAAAGGAGCACAUUCUACCCAAUCAAUAAGCGGAAGCAUACAUCUUUUAGACAUUCAAUUUAAUGAAAGCAUUAAUCAAAUAAACAAAGUCACUAUCACUGGCCAGAUUUUGGCAACAUUAGAAACUCUAUCGACAAACAAUGAAAACUUAGAUACUUUUCUUUGUAUGCGUCGUAUAAACAAAGAUAUUAGUUCAAAUACUGAAGGAAAUAUUUCACAAAUAUUAAUCGAAGGUCAUGGAAUUCCAUUGUUCCAUAUGGAUUAUAUAGGUCCGUCAAUAGUUUAUUGGGCACCUAAAUAUAAAGUUAUUGAAACUGAUUGGAAUUUUGUUAAAAAUGUUUUAAUAAGCGAUGAAAAUAAUGAAAUUUUCAAAUCAUUUUAUCGCAUGUGGAUUACCAUGGAAGAGUCUCAAACUAUUAAUAAAUUUUUACCUAUUGAAAGUAUUGAAAGAAAACAUUUAAUAGAGAAUAUGGAUGAUGAGUCAGAUCUGAUGAACAAUUUUGACAUUAUUUCAGAUCUGCAAUUUCCAACUCUUCCAAAUCAAUUGAAUUUCCUAGAGCCAAAAGAAAAAUUUGCAGUUGUCGCUCCUGUUAAAUAUGUUGCAUGGUUAGAACCACCAUUAUUUGUUGCUGAUAAUAUAGCCAGAGAAAUAGGGAAAUCAGUUGGGGUUAUCAAUAAAGAUUCUUUUCCGAUUGGUGUUAGUGGUGGUUUUGACAACAGGGAUACACAAAGUUUAUCACUGGAAGAGCUUUUGAGUUUUGAUGAUUCACCUUAUUUACAAGUUUACUCAUUAAAUAGUAAAUCUUGUUGCACAAGUUCCAAAAGAAUUGAUCGUUUACCUUUCACAAAUCCUGUUCAAAUUUACAGAAUAUUAAAGUUAUUGCGCCAACAACUUGUUUACAAUACAUUGUUUCAAAGUUGUUUCAAUUCCUUUACAUAUAAACCUUCUCAACCCAAACAAAAUAGAAUGGAUGUUGAUGUUGAAGGAGUUUCAUCAAGAAAAUUGGAAAUAAGGUUUAAUGUAAUAGAUCCACCAAACAAGUUUUCAAUAAGUUUCCAACCAACUAAUCUCGCAUCAUCAUCAUUUAUAUUUUUACAAAUUACCAUACAACAAGAUUCACGGUUAUUGGUUACAUCCCAAUUAACUAGUAAUGUUGGUGAGACAAUACUGGAUGACAAAAAAUUAACAAAAGUUUUAGAAAUUUGUCAAAACAUACCAAUGUUGAUUGAAUGGGUUCUCAAGGCUUUAGAUAAAAGGGUUGGAGAACAAUAUAGCCACCAAUGA